AUGCCGCUACCGAGUGUCCGACUAUGUCCCUACCGUGUGUCCGACUAUGUCCCUACCGUGUGUCCGACUAUGCCCCUACCGAGUGUCCGACUAAGCCCCUACCGAGUGUCCGACUAUGUCCCUACCGAGUGUCCGACUAUGUCCCUACCGUGUGUCCGACUAUGCCCCUACCGAGUGUCCGACUAUGUCCCCUACCGAGUGUCCGACUAUGUCCCUACCGAGUGUCCGACUAUGUCCCUACCGUGUGUCCGACUAUGCCACUACCGAGUGUCCUACUAUGUCCCUACCGAGUGUCCUACUAUGCCCCUACCGUGUGUCCGACUAAGCCCCUACCGAGUGUCCGACUAUGUCCCUACCGUGUGUCCGACUAUGUCCCUACCGAGUGUCCUACUAUUCCCCUACCGAGUGUCCGACUAUGUCCCUACCGAGUGUCCGACUAUUCCCCUACCGAGUGUCCGACUAAGCCCCUACCGAGUGUCCGACUAUGCCCCUACCGAGUGUCCGACUAAGCCCCUACCGAGUGUCCGACUAUGUCCCUACCGAGUGUCCGACUAUGUCCCUACCGAGUGUCCGACUAUGUCCCUACCGUGUGUCCGACUAUGUCCCUACCGAGUGUCCCAAUGUCCAUACCGUGUGUCCCACUAUGCCCCUACCGAGUGUCCGACUAUGCCCCUACCGAGUGUCCGACUAUGUCCCUACCGUGUGUUCGACUAUGCCCCUACCGAGUGUCCGACUAUGCCCCUACCGAGUGUCCGACUAUGUCCCUACCGUGUGUCCUACCAAGUGUCCGACUAA